CUGCAGGCUCAAGUGUAAUUUAACAGAGUUAACAAACAACAGAAUCCCGUAUAUAUCUCGGCGGAGGCACAGGCUGCAGCCUCGGCCGCCGCCUUAGGCAGGCAGCAUCCACCGCCGGCCCUCUCCCGGCAGCUCCGGAGGCCUUCCCGGCCGCUCGCAGGCAAACGGAGGAAGGGAAGAGCCGCAGCAGCUCCUGCCCCGGGGCCGGAUCGGCGGCCGCGGGCCAAGGACAUGAUGGAGCUCUUAGAGGAAGAUCUGACCUGUCCCAUUUGCUGUAGCCUGUUUGACGAUCCUCGUGUCCUGCCCUGUUCACACAAUUUCUGCAGAAAGUGUCUGGAAGGAAUUCUUGAGGGAAAUGUGCGGAAUGUGCUUUGGAGGCCAUCCCCUUUCAAGUGCCCCACAUGCAGAAAGGAGACUCCUGUCACUGGAGUCAACAGCUUGCAGGUCAACUAUUCCCUGAAGGGUAUCGUGGAGAAGUACAACAAAAUCAAAGUAACUCCAAAAAUGCCUGUGUGCAAAGUGCACAGCGGGCAACCCCUUAACAUUUUUUGCAGGACAGACAUGCAGCUGAUCUGUGGGGUUUGUGCCACCCGUGGUGACCACACAAAGCAUGUUUUCUGUUCCAUUGAAGAAGCUUAUUCCCAGGAGAAGCGGGCUUUUGAAACCUUGUUCCAGGGCUUUGAAACUUGGCGUUGUGGAGAUGCCCUCUCACGGCUGGAUACCUUAGAGACCAGCAAGAGGAAAGCUCUGCAGAUGCUGACGAAAGAUUCUGACAAAGUGAAGGAGUUCUUUGAGAAGCUGCAGCACACGCUGGAGCAGAAGAGAAAUGAGAUUCUGUCUGACUUUGAGACCAUGAAGCUUGCGGUGAUGCAGGCCUACGAUCCGGAAAUCAAUAAACUGAACACCAUUCUGCAAGAGCAGCGGAUGGCUUUUAACAUUGCAGAGGCCUUCAAAGAUGUGUCCGAGCCCAUUAUAUUUCUGCAGCAGAUGCAGGAGUUCAGGGAAAAAAUCAAGGUGCUCAAAGAAACCCCUUUACCUUGUUCCACUGUGGACAUCAGUCCCACAAUGAAGAGCUUUGAUACCAGCCAGUGGAAUGGAAUAAAGCUUGUUGAUGUGGACAAACUUUCCUUGCCUCAGGAAAGCAACACUUUCAAAUUCAAGAUUCCCUCAGUCUUUUCACGCAGAUUUAUAGUGAACUCUCUUAUUUUCUUGCUCAUUCUUGCUGUCACCAGAAUGUCCUUUGUGGAGUCGGUCAUUGACAAUCUCCAGUGCUGGAAAUCUCAGUUCCUUACAAUUUGCUUGUCCUAUUUGGCAGAUACCGUGGAGAUAGCAGAUCAUGCAGUCUUUUACUGGGAACAGAUGACAGAUGGAGCUUCACUCUUAAGAGAAAAGUGUAAAAACUAUACGUUGGUUGUACUGGAUAACGUCGCACAGUUUGUGUGCAAAUAUAAACUGUUGUGA